AUGGGGCUGAAGCCCGAGAGUGGCUCCAAGGAUGGUUCCUGGGAGCCCAGCUGGACAGGGUUCUUCCAGGAGAUUGUAGCUCGUGCCCUGAAGAUAAACGAGCUUUCAGGGUUCUUCCAGGAGAUUGUAGCUCGUGCCCUGAAGAUAAACGAGCUUUCAGCCUGUGAGCCUGGCACGUCCUGGGCAUUUCCUGGGGCUGCGACCCCCCCCCCCGCCACUGCUUACAGCUGGCAGGGGCGGCCCGCCCGCAGCCCGCCGCCCGCCGCCGCCGCCGCCGCACGCCCAGCAGGGCGACCGCGGAGCCGCUCGACGCGCUCGAGAUGCAGAGCAGAGGCUCCGCGCAGCAGACCCCGCGCGCCGCCUGCUCCGGGUGCUGAAGGCGCGGGGACACCGCCGGGCGCCGCCGCGGAGCCAGCAGAGCCGGGAGCGCGUCCGCGUCCACGCAGUCGCCGGCCGCCCAGGGCUCCCCGCACGCCAGGACGUGGGAGGUGUUCGCGAGACAUGCGACCGGCCCGGAACCUCCUCAGCCUCCUCUUCCUCAUCCUCAUGGGCACGGAACUCACUCAAGUAGAUCACAGGAGAGAAGGCUCUGGAAUAAGCUUCCCGUUUUGCCUUGAAGCCCUUGCCGGCUCCCUAGCUCUCCCGGGAAGUGCAGCCUCUGCCCCAGCAUGGGAAGGGUUUAUUGUCCCACCUAACCUCGGAGACCCUGCUGGUGCCAGGCAGACAACCAGCCAGGCCCUGGAGAGGUUCUGCAUGGUCUCUGGGAGUGAAGUUUUCUUGGCUGCAGGGAAGGCCUGGCCAAGGGGCACACUCGUGCUCUGUGAAUGGACACCGUAUGUAUGCAUGUGCACACACACACUCACACACACUCUUCCACAAGCGCGCACCCCACAGACAUGGAGCCAGGCAGCGUGUGCCUUACUUAGACAUCUCGGGAAAGAGAUGGCUGGUCUGGGUGGCCCUGGAAGUGGCUGCCCUUGGGCCCUCCAAGCCCUACUGGCCCCCUCACCUGCAGGCUCCCUGAGCCCUCGUUCCCCGCCCCCCUCCAGAGGUUCACUUCUCAGUCUUUUUAAAGAUCCCCCGGUCUUGGAAGAAACUUUUGGUUCAGCUUCAAUUGGAAGCUUUGUCUCGGUGGUGAGAGCUCCCGCCUGUCCACGCUGGCGGCGCCAGCCAUCUGAAUGUGGCCCGCCCCUGCCCACGCUGGCUGCACCCACACCAUCCCGUUCAGGACCCUGGUCAGCUCCCCGAGCCCAGGCCCUCCAGGGGCCAGGAAGGCAAACGAUGUUUUCUUUGGAAGGCUCCUCUUUCUGAAGCUGAGCUGUGGCAUCUCUCAGGGAAAUGCCUUCCUCAACACAGCCCGGAGGCAGGCCCUGCCCUCCCCGCGCCUGCCUCUGAGGCUGUGCUUUCAGAAUCUUCCAUCGGGAGCCCAGUAUCCCUAAUUGUGGUGGGAUUUUGGAGCAAAGGCUCACCUGGCGAAAAUCUCUCCAGCCAGCUCAAAUCUGUGAAGGGGUCAGAGAGUGGCUGGCUCAGCCACCAGCUCCAGGGAUCCCGGCUACCCCGGUCCUGCCCAGGUGGGCUUCUUCGGGGUCAGGCCAGGUGCCUCUCACCUUUACCAGUCACCUCUAAGGCAGGGACUGGAAUUGGGAGUGGGUGUGGGUCCAGGGCUGGGCUGCUCUGAAUAAUCUGAGAGCUCCUUGGGGACACCCCUACCUAAGAACCUUGCUUUCUUGAUCCCGAAGUAAUUCGAUCCGAGGAAGCCACAUUGCAUGGUGUCAGGAGAAAUGCUGCCUACAUGGGCGAUGAGCACAAUACCUCUGGGCUUCAGGAAAAGGCGAGCAGAGCAGCGGUGACUGAGCUGUGUCUGUCUCCCCUCCACCCUUUCCCUCUUCCAGUUUAGGUAAAUUGCUCCCACAGCGGCACCCUCAGUCUUAGGGCCCUUCCAAGGGACGUGGACACAAGGUUCCAGGGCCACCAUGUUUAUGGAUUAGGACCCGUCCAGAUGGGAACAAGUCAGAAACGUAUGGGUUUUACCUGCGCUUCACAGGCGCUGCUCGAAGGAUUCAGGCAGACGGGCGGGGGGAGGGGGGGAGUGUAGAGCACAUGGCCGGGCCAUCUGUUCUCCCGACAGCAUGCUUAUGAGCCACUCAGUCAAAUGCCAACUAGUGAUGGACGGCCUACUACGCGCCAGGUUUGUGGGCCCAGAUGAACUCUGUCCUCAGGUGGAAAGAUGCUUGACUGGGUCUUGUUCUGUGAUUUUCAAUAAAAGGCUGGUGUUUCAAGCUCCUUGAGAAGUGUCCUCGGAGUUGACCGCUCAUCUUGGGGGGGGGGGGCAGCGCUGGGGCUGCCUGAGCCCCGCCCACCCCAGCCCAGCUCGCCUUCCCUUGAGAGAAGCACGUCAUCCCCCGUGUGUGAUGGCAUGAAAGGGGUGGGCAGCUCUGUGACAAUGACCUUGGACCCGGCUGCCCUUCCCCUUCCCCGUCCCACCAGCCACUGUCUGGUUGCCAUGAGAAAGGCUCUGAGCUUCAGCCUGAACGUCUACCAUUUUAAAACAAGGAGGAUGAAGCUAGCUGAUGCUCGAAGAUGGUUCUGUCCCCCUCUCCUGCCACAUGCAGCUCUCAGACGCCAGCCGGUCGGGCUUGACUCGGUCAAAGCUGGGCUAGCGAUGCUGAGCGCAACUGUCUGUCACCCGGGCCAUGGUGCUUAGUGGGGAGAUCUAAGGCUCUGCCAUAUCUAUUUGUUUAAGAGGCAUGAGGACUCUGGGGUCAGAGUGGAGGGAGCUGAGAACGCUUUGGAGGAGGGGUGCCAUUUGCGCGGGGUCCAAGGUUGCACCUGGGUGAGCCGGGGCAGGAAGAUGGGAAGGAACAGGUGGGCAGCAGCGGGGCUGCACACAGACGCCGCGGCACCGGGGCUGUCGAGUGACCUCAGGCUUUACGGGCCGACUGCUGUGGGCUCUUCUGGAGCUUGGUUAGCUGUGUGCAGGUCUCAGCACCUGAGAAGAGAUGUGAGUGGACUCGGCGGCGGGCAGGUGAGGGUGGGUGAUGGGUGCUGUGUCUGGACAGGCAGGUGUCACGGAGGGGCUGGUGUGGAGUUAGCCCCUCAGAAUCCCAUCACUGAAAAUCUGUUCGCUCCUCCUCAGAUUCAGCCAGAGUGGAAGACCCCAACCCAUCACCCUGAACAAAUUGAACAAGAAUAAAACCGUCCAUUCAGACGGAAGCAUGAAUUUUGUCACCUGCUUGAAUCAAAACUUUGGCCCAAUGAUCCCGCUGACGUCCUGUUCAUGUGCCCCAGCCCCUCGUGUCCCCCAGAUUUUAGGCCCACGUGUGCCCUGGAUGCUGGGGUGUCAGUGGUCCAGGGAGUUGGGGGGUUCAGGAUCAUGGGGGUCUUUUCCUAAACCAGUUAGUUCAGCAUGCAUGGGAUUGAUCCCGUCUUUGCACUGAGGUUGGCCGCUGCCUCGGGGGCUGGCCAGAGACCAUCUCCAGACACGCAAACAGCCCGCACGAGAGAGUUGCUCCCGUUUCCAGGGAGAAGGCUCUGUACCAGCAGCGGGGGGGCGGGAGCUGUAACUCCUCAGCACCAGGCGGCCGCUUCAUCUCCGGAAGCAAUCUGCCCCUUGUCCCACGCACUUUAGCUCUCCGCACUAAAAAGGAAGGUAAUUUUCUGCCUUGGGUUGUAUUUAUUACUAAAGUUAUUGGGCCCUGUAAUCAAUACUUAACAUCCCAUGUAAAGUAAUCCAAAGCUAAUUACUGGCUAAACUGAAUCAGACACACGCCAGCUGUGACUGGUGCUGCUGGGGACAGGAGCCGCUUCUCGGCUCUGAGAGGUGCCCUGUAGAUGCUCUCCCCCGCCGGAAGCAGCAGCCGUGAGGUCAUUCCCAUGGCUCAGGUAAGGGGGGAGAAAAUGGAACAGGAAAAUCCACAUCUCUUCAUUUUUUCAGAUUAUUACAUAUCAGAAACUGGCCAGGAGCUUAAAGCACUGGGGAGAAAACCAGUCACGAGGGUUAAUAUUUUUGGAGUGUCAUCAAGUGUCAGACAUCCCCCCCACACACACACCAGGAGCUUAAUCUGGGUCGGGUAGAAGCCGCCCCAGUGACCCUGUGUUGUCGUCCUCGGUCUCGAAAUGAGGAAACCAAGGCUCAAGGGGCAGAGGGGGGCGCGGGUGGUCAGUAACCUGCCCAGUGGCCCAGCAGGUAGGUGACAGACCCCAGAUGCAGCUCCACGGUCUGUCUGACACCCGAGUUCAUGUUCUUGUUAAGAUGGAGAGAGAAGAAUAAAAAGUAGAGAAACGGCUCAACCCCACUGAGAACCAGUAAGAAAGGGGGCACCUGGUGCCAUCACGGCAGCUCAUAGGGCCUUUGGAAGAGGGUUUGAGAGCCGUGUCUCUAACUGUGUGGCCCGUUGCUCGGCCUGCUCUGAACUUGGAGCUUGGCUUUUCAAAAGGGAAGAGCCUGCGGGGGAGUGGGUGUUUCAGACCCCUUGGGGGUGGUCUGCUUCCUGCCACUGAGGCUGGGUGAACCAGACAAGCCCUUUCACCCCAGGGGGUGGAGGGCGCCUUCGAGGGUGCACUGGGUGCCCCGCCUCGGUUCUCUCCAGCCUAAAGGUUCAUGCAGGGAGCCCCACACCCCUCAAAUCUCCCAGCAUCUGCCUGACGACUGGGAUCCAGGAAUUAAGAAAAAAGACACAGACCCUCUUAGCUGAUGUAACAUCUAAAUCUCCAAAUCGCCCCACACGCCUGCGGUCCUGGUUACGCUGUUUGUUACAUUUGGUGUAAUUUGUAAUUAUGGGGCAGCCGCAGCGAAGAAGGCUCCUCCUUGCUCAAAGGGUCUCCCCUUCUUCUGCACCCAGGUUAAGUCCCACAACGAACACGUAGGUGACAGUGGGCAACAGUGGCUCCCUCACUCUCGAGCGGUGUUUAGAAGACAUGGGCUUCCCCGUCUCCUCGCUCUAGUCUGGGCAGUGGGGACCUGGCCUGGGUGUCUCUGAGGUACGGUUCGAUGGCAUUUAAAAUCGGUUGGUCAGUAAGAGGGCGAGUGACUGGGAAGAGUGUGGAUUGAAUAGUCCAGCGGAGAGAAGGGGUGGAAGAUGCCGAAGCCCCAGGCUUUGCCUCUUCAGGAGCCCUCACCUGGAGACGCUCAUCUAGGGCAGUUCGGUUCCUUGCAACAGUGUAGUGAACACACAGGACACCCUCCAGGAGCUUAAACCUCCCAGCACAGAUGUCCCCAGGGUGCACAUGGCUCUCACGGGCGGCUCUGGAAGGAAAGUCACUCCCACUUGCUUCAAGUGGUGCUUCGGGGGUGUGAGGGUCAAAGACAGAACAGAGGCGUAUUCAUAAAUAUUACAAAUAACUUUACUUAUCACUCCAGGAUGCUGCUUGUAAAUCUGACAGCAUAGCGGGACUCAAAGGAGAGCUCUCGGGAUCGUAAACACUUCUGCUCUCCGAUGGGUGGGUGCCUGUGCCCCACCCAGGCAGUCCAGCCCCCAAAUCUUAUCAAGGUGACUCUGCACAGGUGGAAUCAGUGGUGCGUGGCCUCUGGGGAGAGGGCAUUGGUUGAGUCACCCCAUAAGCAACUCGAGGGAUUGCUCCAGAGUCAACACCAACCGUUGGUAGAGGGGCUGAGGUUUCUGAGGCCACGUCUGGGGUCCACAGGCAGAGGGUCCUCGCUGGUCUGAGAUGCUGGUGAUGUGUUGAGGGCGGAGUGUGUGCUCCGGGGAGUGGCCACGUGUGGAAGCCUCUAAAAUCCGGCAGCACCAAGUCCUCUGCUCUGAGCAAGUGUUACAUUCUGGGGUGUUUCCUAACCCUAACGCAGCUGGACCCCAGAGCUGACUCUUAGAUGUUUUUAUAAUGACACCACCUUCUAAUUCAUGUCAAGAUCAAUUACUUACUCAGUAGAAACCAGACCAUCCUCCACUAGUUAUGAUGAGUUCCCUUACCCAGAAAAUAGGAAAUGGUAAUGUUUGUGGGGCCCCAGGAGCCACGCGUUCAGCCCGGAGGGCAGGUGCCCGCUGAACUCUCCUGUCCCUGUCCUUCAAAGUGCCUCUCCCGAACUGGACCCCAUUUCUGUUGGGGCAACUAAGACAAGGUGGGGCUGUGGCCUCCCUCCCAUUGUCUGGAUGUGACAGUCUGAGGCAACAUUUAUGAAAGGAGCAUGGAACUUUCUAGAGCGGGAGCAGAGGGUGUGGGAGGAGGCCAGGGUGGGCCUCGGGCAGUCAGCUGGUGGGUGGGAGGGGCGAAAACAGUGCAUCUAUUCAAUUCUGACUAGGAUGUAAAGGCAUGGGGGUGGGGGUGUGAGUCAGCUUUUUCUCCCAUCCCUCUCCAUGCUUUGACCUCCUGGGGUCAGCUUAGUUCCCAGGGAGCUGUAGGAAUUCCAAGGUGCAGCCCACGUUUGGCAAGCCCAGUGUGAAUAACCCAAAUCUUUUCAAAAGACUGCUUCUCAGCCAUGCCUCAGGGGAUGCCAUAAUACCCUUUUAGGCUCCCUAUCAGGACUGCAGGCUCAGGAGAAAUACGAUAAGGGGGUUUCAGAUCUCCAGGCUGGCCGUAAUUGCCUGUCCCCUGGAGAGUCUGGGAGAGUCCCGGGCCAGGGGAGCUGAAGGCAUUCCUCAACCCUUGGGUGGUCUAGACUCCAGCAGGUCUUUGGAGCAGGACUUGGCUUCAUGGGUGUAAAUGACCUGGAUUUCAUUUCCUCCCCUGAACAACCCAGCCAGGCUGGCACUCUUCUAAUUUAGAGUACCCAUUGUAAAUCCCGCGGGACAUCACUGCCAUGAAAUCAGAUCAGAAGUUCUUCAGGAUCAGGAGAGGUUUAUUUGAAUUCUCUGUAUCGGCUUUGAUUGGAGCUCACCUUCCUAGAACAUAGCUCUGGGUGUUGGGAGCUGUUUUCACGUCCAGGAAUACCUCUUCCGCAUUUGUAUGUCUGUAUCAACAGCAUCUCUUGUGGGUGGUCGUUAGCCAAAAGCAGCUCUUUGGAGAGGGGGCAGAGGUGUCCAGGGGCAUUGAAUCCCAGCUCUGUCACAGGCUCUCGCACCAGUCGCUCAGCUGAGCGUCCCCUCGGAGCACCUCUGGUCUUCUGCAAAGCGGGGAUGGCGAGGAUGGGCACCCCUACUGGCUGCCGUGUCUGCUCCUGCACUGACUCACUGAAUCCUUACACAUCCUGCUAUUAUUAAACCCGUUUUACAGAUGGGGAAACCAAGGCACAGAAGGGCUAAUUACCUCGGCCAGGGUCUCACAACCAGUAAGGGGCAGAACCAGGGCUCAAACCCAGGCUGUCUGGCCCCAGAGUCUGUACACGGAGUGUCCACUCCGAGAUGCUUCUCUUGGCAAUGCACGUGCUCGGUUGGUUGUAGGGAAGUUUUCAUUCACGCACCAUGCCCGGAGUCUGAUCUAUCGCGUUGCUGUUGCUUCUGUCCUGGGGUUUACAGCAGGCUGUACCUCGUGUCGUGGUUUUGAUCUAGGGUCUGCAGCACACUGCACCCCACAUCUUGCACAUAGUAGGUGAUAAGUAAAUACCUGCAGCUUCCGCAAUGGACGGCGUGAGGUUUUGGAGAUUGGAUUGGAUUGGAUUUGAAGUUGUUCCAACAAAAUAAGUGGUCCAUGUCCUUCUGCAGUGGGAAGCGGGUGUGAGUGAUUUGGGUCGGCACAGCUUGCGGCCCUAAAUCGGUGUUAAACGUUCAUUGAAGGAGAAAGGCAGAGAGUGGGGGACUGCUGCCCCCACCCCCAGACCCAGCUGGCGGGACUCAGAGCACCGCGGUCGCGGAGCAGAGCCUGCAGUACCCGCUGGAGCUGGGAGAUGGCGCCCUUCCCCAACUGGUGAAAUUUGCUGCUUCCAACACAGAGGCUGCCACAGAUCCGUGCAUUAACCAGGAUAACAAACCAAAGGAGCCCCUUCAGCUCAUGGGUCUCACACCAGUGCUCAGGCCAGGACCAUCCUGGCUGUAACUGAGUCCCUGCUACAUAGGGGGACGCAGCAGAGGAAAGCUUAAUGGGAGGCCUAGAGGAAGUGCCUUUCAUCUCCUGUUACAAGCCUUCUGCAAAUUCUAAAGCACUAUUAAGAUGUUUGACCCAGUCAGGCCUGUGCUUCCAAGGAGACUUACAUGUGUCCUGACACCCAUGCUGCCGAGGGCUGGGGACUUGUGCCAGCCUGCCCUGCCCCUCUCCCUGGGCAUCAGGACCCCACACACACCCGGAGAGCCAGUGAGGACACCCCCCCGUCCCCCAGCCACAGACCCCAGGCCCCUGACCAGGGCUGCACCUGCACCACACUCACCACGGGUGGGGCCGCUUUAGCAACCCUGCGCGGAGGCCUGAGCCCCAAACCCACACCCAGCUUCUGCACCCCUGCUGCAUGCCCACCUGGACCCAGGAGCCCACACUGGGCAGCGCCACAGCUGCCAGAAAAGGCCUUAGGGCUCCUGGCUGUCCCGGGCUCCCAGAAGGGCCUUUCCCCUAGCGCCCUCCCCCAGCACUGGGGCUGGAGACCCCCCACCAGGGGCUGCUUUCGGAGCCCGCCAAGAGUUCGCCCUCCUGGCUGGGUUUCAGGGGGCUGCCGGGCUGGAGGAAGCCUGGAGCCACCGCCAAGCAAGUCCCCGGCAGCGGGGCGGAGGCCUUGGGCAUGGAUGGGGUGGGUCUCAGGGGGUUGCCUGGGGCUCGCUGGCCGGCGACCUUGAGGGUGGAAGGGCAGCGGCCAGCCCAUGCGCUAGGGACGCCGCCGUCUGCGCGGGCGGAUUUUGACGACUUGGGAGGGGGUGGUCUGUCUUUCCUCCCGGGCCACCCCCUCCCUACUCCUUGGUGACGGGGCUCUGCAGGCCUCGCUGCCAGCAGCCAGGGGGCGGCGGGGAGCCGGAGUGGAGAGGAAAAAUCCACCCAUUUCCUGGGCAGAUUGCGUCGGCCGCCGCCCGGACGUGUCCCCGCCUCCCGGCCGCGGCCCCCGCGCGCAGCCCGCGCGGCGCUCAGAGCCCGAGCCGGCGGCUCUUCCCGGCGGCGGGCGGGUGGCAGAGGACGGUGGGCAGCGGCG